CAGUGACGUCACGUGAUGCCGGAAGUCCGACCUUCGGCGCGUUUGGUCCGAACGUUCGCGGGAGCGGAGCUCAAACCUGCCGGUGUUUAGCUGGAGCUUUAGCAUGGAAGGUGACACCGCCGUCCGGAGGCUAAAAUCCUCACUAAACAGCGUAUCUAAUGAAAACAGUGUCACUGCGGAGCGACUUGAAGGCUGUGAGGACAGGAAGAAAAAACACGGAGGCGCGUUCGCGUUAACUGAAGGAUGCGCGUGCGCGCUCGUGCUUGUGUUCCUGUGCGCGCUCUGGCUUUCCGUGCACUGGUCACUAAAGCAGCUCGUUAUAGGGAAACCCACGGGCGACUUCAACGCCACCAGGGCGAGGAAGUACCUGGAGCGUAUCACCAGUGUGGGGCCUCGACCCGCAGGCAGUCCUGAGAAUGAGAUCAUGACCGUAAACUUCCUGGUGGAGCAGGUGGAGCGGGUACGAAGAGAGAGCGUCGACGGGCCCAACACCAUCACUGUGGAGACGCACAAACACAGCGGCUCGUUUAGCAUCGACUUCCUGGGCGGAUUCACAAGCUGCUACGAUCAAAUCACUAACAUUGUAGUACGGCUCGAACCCAAAGGUGGAGCUCAGCACUUCAUUCUGGCUAACUGCCAUUUCGACAGUGUGCCCAACAGUCCAGGAGCAAGCGACGAUGCUGUGAGCUGUGCCGUGAUGCUGGAGGUGUUGCAAGCAGUAUCCAAUCUCUAUAUUCCUUUAAAUCACGGAAUCAUCUUUCUGUUUAAUGGAGCCGAGGAAAACAUCCUUCAGGCGAGUCAUGGAUUUAUCACUCAGAAUGAGUUUGUGAAGAAGAUUAGAGCGUUUGUGAAUCUUGAGGCUGCUGGAGUUGGGGGAAAGGAGCUGGUGUUCCAGACAGGUCCAGAAAACCCGUGGCUGGUUCAAGCGUAUGUUCAUGCUGUUAAACACCCUUUUGCCUCUGUUGUGGCCCAGGAAGUUUUCCAGAGCGGCAUAAUUCCCUCAGACACAGACUUCCGCAUCUUCAGAGACUUUGGCAACAUUCCUGGAAUUGAUCUGGCCUUUGUUGAGAAUGGUUAUAUCUACCACACUAAAUACGACACUGCAGACCGCAUCCUUACAGACUCCAUUCAGAGAGCAGGUGACAACAUUCUGGCCCUGCUGAAGCAGUUGGUCACUACGGGAACGCUGGCUGAUCCAUCAGAAUAUCGCCAUGGCAGCAUGGUGUUUUUCGAUGUCUUGGGUGUAGUGAUGGUGGCGUAUCCAGAGCGAGUUGGUUCCAUUAUUAACUAUAUGGUUGUCAUAGCAACCCUUGUUUACUUUGCCAAGAAAUGUCUUCGGCCUAGCAAUGUGGGUGGCCGGUACCUGUUGGACCUGGCGUACGGCUCGUGUGUGUUCGUGCUCAGCUGGUUCGUGGUGCUGCUCACGGUUCUUAUUGUGGCGCUGGUGGUCACACUGCUGGGUCGCUCCAUGUUCUGGUUCACUCACUUUUACACCUCCAUCACCCUCUACGGAUCGGUCGCAGUUGGAAAAAUACUUCUGAUCCACACACUCGCCAAAAACCUCUAUUACAGAAACGUGCGGCGCUUGGAUUUGGGUGACUUGUUCUUCGACGUCAGUCUGCUGUUGUGGUGCUGUGCCCUUGUUUUUCUCACACAGCGCGGUCUCUGCUCGGCGUAUGUUCCCAUGCUCAUGGUGUUUUUCCCUCUCACCACUAAGCUGCUGCUCUCCCGACACUUUGCACAGAAAGGUGUGUCAAAGUCCUAUGUCUUCUUCUACCUGUUGGGAUUGUCUUUCCCCUACGUUCACCUGCUGUUCCUCAUCUGGAUCGUGUUUGAGAUUUUCACACCCAUUAUGGGACGCAGCGGCACGGAAAUCCCUCCCGACGUGGUGCUUGCAUCGCUCAUCGCCAUGGCUACCGCUUUACUCUCCUCUUUUUUGAUUCACUUCCUGUACCUGGCACAAAGCACUAAGUAUGUAUUAGCAGCUUUAUGGACGGUUUUUGCCGUGAUGUUUGUCCUGGUUUCCUGCGGCCUUUUCUUUCCAUAUUCGGGUGAUCCGGCCUGUCCACGGCCCAAACGAGUCGUUACACAGCACAUCACACGCACCUUUCAUGGUUUGGACGGCUCUUUGGAGAAAACGGACUCCGGUUUUUGGGUCAACAGCUUCGAUUACACAGGAAUGAGCCACAUCACCCCUCACAUUCCCGAGAUUAACGACACCAUCCGCAUGCGCUGCAGCGAAGAGUUACCCUUCUGCGGCUUCCCCUUUUUCCUUCCUGUCAAAUUCCUCAUCAAGAAGAGCUGGUAUCUCCCUGCUCCUACAGUGUCACCUAAAUCUCCACUGGAGUUUAAGCUGGUUUCCAAACAUGAGUCAGAAUGGGGGACCGUCAAGUUGAGCUUCGAAGCUACAGGCCCGAGCCACAUGUCCCUGUACAUUCUGCCCCACACGGGCUCGUCACUCACAGGCUGGUCGUUUGCAGACGGGACGCCGCAGUACGACCUGAAGGGAGAAUAUUUUAUAUUUUACUCUCACGGUGUGGAAGCAGGACCGUGGAGCUUCUGGAUUGAGGUUCAGCCAUCUUCAGAGCAUCUGGAUGCAGAGAGCAUGGUCUCCAUCGCCAUUUCAGCUCACUAUGUAUACGGAGAGGAUCAGCGCUCUCCUGAACUCAACGUGUUUUUGCAGAAGUUUCCGGACUGGGCUUUUGCGACUUCGUGGGUCAGCACUUAUCACAUGUACCUGUACUGAGAGCUGAGCAUCAAACUCCAACAUGACGGCAGUGAAACCGAAUCAAUUCCCCACACGUUAUUUAACACCUGUGUGGGCUUUCCUUCCUUACUUCUCACUCCACAAGCAGUGGAAUUAAAAACGUAAAGUAAUUAUAACUCUAAAGCCCACGCUGUGGUGAAAUCCCAGUAUUCCACCCAUUUCAACACAAACUAAAAGUACUUGGAACAGCAGUUGUUUGUUAAAGCUCUGACCGACUAAAGCUUUAUUCAAAUCAGUUAAAAUUGGUCACUAAACAGAUUAAUUUGGUGUCUCCAGUUAGUGUUCGUCUGUAUGGCGCGUAUUCAAUCUUCGUAUUACAGUCUAAAAUUAUUUUCAAUGAAUGAACUGUUCUUUCUUGGUUCAGAGCCAUGAAAAGUCUGGUCAUAUUUCACGAUUUAGUAUUUAUUUACUACUAAAGAUGUCUCGCUUUAACUCACUGACCACUCAGCAAUAAAACCCACAGGGGAAAAAAAGGUACAAGGUGUUUUUUGUAUAAUUCUUAAAAUAAAUAAAAAUUUAAAAAAAAAAAAAGUACAGGUUUUCUUUACCUGAAUUGAAAUUUGCAUGCAGCUCAAUCAGUAAAACUGACAGCUUGGGUUAUUUGAUCAAACCUUGGCAUUCACUGUUGGAUAAAAUCACAAGAUGUUUUCUACACUUGUUAAACUUGCUGCUUUCCCACCAGGGUGUUUGAAACAAGAUUAAAAAAGUAAAUAACUUG